CUCUCAUAAUCUCUUCAAAAUCUCAUUGAAUCACAAUCUUCGAAGGAUUUAUCUUGUUCGUUAAUGGUGGAAUCUUAAUUUGAAGUUUUUGGCAAUUUUGUUUUCAGAUCUUCAGCCGCAUUGCAGAUCUAGGGUUUUAUUAGGGUUUCGGUUCUGAUGGCAACGCCGUUUCACUUACCUGUCACCGCUGCUCAGGUUGGGACGUACUUCGUUGGGCAUUAUUAUCAGGUGCUUCAGACGCAGCCUGAUUUCGUUCACCAGUUUUACAGCGAUAGGAGCACGUUGCUUCGUGUUGAUGGUCCCUCCAGAGAGACCGCCACCUCAAUGCUGCAAAUCCAUGCGCUUGUCAUGUCUCUCAAUUAUACCGGAAUAGAAAUCAAAACAGUGCACUCCCUCGAAUCUUGGGACAGAGGUGUCCUUGUAUUGGUUUCGGGUUCGGUGCAUAUAAAAGAUUUCAGUGGCAGGAGGAAUUUUGUGCAGACAUUUUUCCUUGCACCCCAGGAGAAAGGCUACUUCGUCCUGAAUGAUAUCUUUCACUUUAUUGAGGAUCAGCCAAUUCACCAUCAUCCUGUUGCUUAUUUGACUCAAAACGAUCUUGUAUCCAAAUUGAAUGGCUCUACUGCUCUCCGGGAUCAAGCAUCAAGCUACAUGGCAGCAAAUGAUAUCCAGGCCAGGGAUUUUGUGCCGCCAACCACAGCUGAAGAAAAUGGUCCUGUGAAUAAUUACAGCUACCAAGAGCAACAGUUGCGAGCCCCCGAGGCUGAAAGCAUUCUUGAAGACAACUAUGCUGUGCAGUCAAAUGGCUCAGUCCAAAAUUCAGUGAAUGCACCACAGGAUCAUCUGGCUCCUGUUGAAGAAGCUGUGGGAGAGCCCCAAAAGCAUACUUACGCUUCUAUUUUGCAAGUUGCCAAAGUGCAAUCUGCACCAUCAGCACAGCCUGUAACGAAGAGUACAGCCCAUCCAGAUAUGAAUCAUGUUCCAGAACCCCCUGCACAGCAGUCGGCUUCUCUGUCGACUGGUGAAAGAUCUGGAGCUGAGGCUGUGGAGGACACAUCUGUCAUGGAAGACGAAGCUGAGGUGAAGUCUGUCUAUGUGAGAAAUGUGCCGUCCACGGCUAUUGCUUCUGAUAUUGAGGAGGAGUUCAUGAAAUUUGGUAAGAUCAGGCAAGAUGGUGUUGCCAUCAGAACCAGAAAGGAUAUUGAUGUGUGCUAUGCAUUUGUUGAGUUUGAAGACAUCACUGGUGUUCAAAAUGCUAUUAAGGCAUCUACUGCUGAGAUUGCUGGGCAGCAGGUACACAUUGAAGGGAGGCGACCAAAUAGAAGCAAUGCAUACCGAGGUGGAAAUUUACGUCCUGCAGGAGGAAGAGGUAGAGGUAGGGUUAGCAACCAAAUGGAUGGAAGAGGGCGUUUUGGAGGCCGAAACUAUGGCAGCAGAGGAAAUGGCCAAGAUGGGAACGAUCGUGAUUACAAUCGACCAAGAGGCAAUGGCUACUAUCGUCAAGCACCACGUCAAGACCGAGCGUAUUCCAACUCCCAGCAGGCAUCUAGAAACGGUCACAGCAUAUCAGAUUGAGGCCCAUCGGAACACUUUUUGGUUGUGUUUUCCCCCUAGCAUUACAGUGUUGGAAGAAAGCAACAUAUAUCGAGGCUUUUUUUUAGUUUGUUUUCCCUGGGCAUUUGCAUCUCGACAUAUUUACUUUCGGGUGCUCCUUGGUUAAAUUUUUGAUCUACAGAAACAAUAUUGAAGUGUUGAAGGUUUAUCAAGUUUUGGGUCUUUCAC